CAGCCGAAGCAGGAGGAGGAGAAGUCCAUGGAGAACCGGCCACUGCUCCAAGAAGCUGCCACCGGCGACGACCUCCGCUCUGACAGGAGGCGGCCUCGAGGAUGGAAGGCAAUGCCUUACAUCAUCGGGAACGAGGCGUUCGAGCGGGUGGCCACGUACGGGCUGACGGCCAACUUCAUGGUGUACCUGGUAAAGAUCUACCAUAUGAAGCAGAUGGCCGCCGCCAACCUGUGCUACGUUUUCGGCGGCACCACCAGCCUGGCGCCGCUACUCGGUGCCUUCGUCUCCGACGCCUUCUGGGGCCGCUUUCGCACUCUCGCCGUCGCCUCCAUCGCUACUUUCCUGGGCACGGUGGUGCUGACCCUGACAGCCGCAGCGCCGCAACUCCGGCCGCCGCCUUGCAGCCAGGCGGCGGAGGAAUCCGGGCAGUGCCCGGGCCCCUCCAAUUCCCAGCUGGCCGUCCUUUUCCUGUCCCUCGCCCUCCUCGUCCUCGGCGCCGGAGGCGUUCGCCCCUGCAGCCUCCCCUUCGGCGUCGACCAGUUCGACCGCACCACCGAGCGGGGGAAGCGCGGCCUCGACAGCUUCUUCAACUGGUACUACUCGAUCUCGACCGCCGGGACGGUGGUGGCGAUGACGGUGGUCGUCUAUAUCCAAGACAGCGUCAGCUGGGCCAUAGGAUUCGGCAUCCCGACCGGGCUGAUGCUACUCGCUAUCGUCUUCUUCUUCGCGGGGGUCAAGCUUUACUUGUUCGUGCCGCCGGAGGGCAGCGUCUUCUCCGGCGUCGCGCAGGUCCUUGUCGCUGCAUUCAGGAAGCGGAGGCUUCGACUGCCUUCGCCGAAUGAUGCGGUGCAGCAGGAGUCGCUGUUGUAUAGCAACCUGGCUCAGGAGAGUGCGGAGGAGAUGAAGCUUCCCCUCACGCUUCAGUUCAGGUUCUUGAACAAAGCUGCCAUAAUAUGUGAGGGGGAGAGGAAGGAAGACGGCCAACCUGCAGAUCCCUGGAGAUUAUGCAGCGUGCAUCAGAUCGAACAGGUGAAGUGCGCGAUGCGAGUCAUCCCCAUCUGGGCCUCCGGCAUCAUCUGCUUCGUGGCGCUGUCGCAACAAUGGACGUUCGCAGCUCUCCAAUCGCUAAAGAUGGACCGACACCUCGGUCCGAGCUUCGAAGUCCCGCCCGGUUCCCUCGGCAUCAUCUCCCUCUUGGCUAUCAUCCUCUUCAUCCCCGUCUAUGACCGAGCCCUGGUUCCCAUGGCCAGAAGCCUCACCGGCAUUGAGAGCGGGAUCACCCUCCUGCAGCGGCAAGGCGCGGGGAUGGUAGUCGCCAUAAUAUCCAUGGUGGUGGCCGGUCUGGUGGAGAAGAAGCGGCGGGACUCGGCUGUGGCCCACGGCGGCGUGAACGGGAGCUCGCCCCUGUCGGCGAUGUGGCUGGCGCCGCAGCUCUGUCUGAUGGGCAUCGCCGAGGCCUUCAACGCGGUCGGGCAGGUGGAGUUCUACAACAGGCAGUUCCCGGAGCACAUGCAGACGAUCGCGGGGUCUCUCUUCCACUGCAGCCUCGCCGGCGCGAGCUACGUGAGCACGUUCCUCGUCACCUUCAUCCGGAAGAGCACCGCAGGGCCCGGGCAAGCGAGUUGGCUGGAAGACAACAUCAACGUCGGCAGGGUGGACUACUUCUACUACUUGAUAGCGGUCUUAGGGGCGGGCAAUCUGCUAUACUUCGUGGUUUGUGCGCAUUUCUACCGGUACAAGGGAACGGGAGAGCUGAAGGAAGCAAGCAAGGACAUGGAAGGCAUCUUGUGAAGCGUGCAGGUUGUGGUAGCGUAGGAAGAGAUUAGGAAGGCAAUUACCACUGCAUUCUAUGGUGACCGAUCAAUAAAAGAGGUGUAGUUCGCCACAGUGAUUGCAUAAAAAAUCUCUAGCUAGCUAGCAGCAGAAGAUGCUACUUAGUUUGGAAGAACUUGUUGAGUCAAAACACAAAAUCUCUCUCUCUCUCUCUCUCUCUCUCUCUCUCUCUCACUAUGUGUUAUCUUCUUUUUCCUGAGAAAACAUCUCUUUUUUACUCUGUUUUUUUUAUAUAAAAGAACUCACAAACA